GGCGCCGAAAGCUGUCGGGGAGCGGCGAUCGCUCUGCGGGGAACGCGCCUCGCUCCUGCCCUGUCGCCUUCCCUCCGGAAGAACAUCCUGGGCCGGAAAAAAAAUCCAUCGGGAAAACGCACCUGGCUUGGGAUGCGGCGCCGGGAAGCGCCGGGCCCCGGCGGCGAGCGCUGAGGACACCUCCGCAGGUGCCACCCCAGGGGACACCCCAAAGUCACCCCAAGGGACAUCCCAAGGUCCUGAGGCCACCUGGAGAAGCUCCAAGAUGAUCCCGAGGAGAGCCCAGGUCACCUGCGCCGCAAUUGCCUUCGCCCUCUGCCUCCAGCACCUCAUCAGUGCCAUCGAGGUCCCCCUGGACUCAAAUAUCCAGAGUGAAUUGCCGCAGCCCCCCACCAUCACCAAGCAAUCCAUCAAGGAUUACAUCGUGGAUCCCAGGGAUAACAUCUUCAUCGAAUGCGAAGCCAAAGGCAAUCCCGUUCCCAUCUUUUCCUGGACACGGAACGGGAAGUUCUUCAACGUGGCCAAGGAUCCCAAGGUGUCCAUGAGGAGGAGAUCGGGAACUUUGGUCAUCGACUUCCACAGCGGGGGCCGGCCCGACGACUACGAGGGCGAGUACCAGUGCUUCGCCAAGAACGACUACGGAACGGCCCUUUCCAGCAAAAUCCACCUCCAGGUUUCCAAGUCUCCGCUGUGGCCCAAGGAAAAGGUGGAUGUGAUCGAGGUGGAUGAGGGGGCCCCGCUGAGCCUGCAGUGCAAUCCCCCACCCGGCCUCCCCGAGCCCGUCAUCUUCUGGAUGAGCAGCUCCAUGGAGCCGAUCCCGCAGGACAAGCGCGUGUCCCAGGGCCACAACGGGGACCUCUACUUCUCCAACGUGCUGGCGCAGGACGCGCUGACCGACUACAGCUGCAACGCCCGCUUCCACUUCACCCACACCAUCCAGCAGAAGAACCCCUUCACCCUCAAGGUCAAAACCAAGAAGUCCCAUAACGAAACGUCUUUAGGAAAUUCCCCUGCCAUGUACCGCGCCCGAGGGAUCACGGAAACCACUCCCAGCUUCAUGUAUCCCUACGGAACUUCCAGCAGCCAGAUGGUGCUCCGAGGGGUGGAUCUCCUGCUGGAAUGCAUCGCCUCCGGAGUACCAGCACCGGACAUCAUGUGGUUCAAGAAAGGCGGGGAGCUCCCGGUGGGCAAAACCAAGCUGGAGAACUUCAACAAGGCCCUGCGCAUCUCCAACGUGUCCGAGGAGGACUCCGGGGAAUAUUUCUGCCUGGCCUCCAACAAGAUGGGCAGCAUCCGCCACACGAUCUCGGUGAGAGUGAAGGCUGCUCCCUACUGGCUGGAUGAGCCGGAGAACCUGAUCCUGGCCCCCGGUGAGGACGGCAGGCUCGUGUGCCGGGCCAACGGGAACCCCAAACCGUCCAUCCAGUGGCUGGUGAAUGGAGAGCCCAUCGAAGCAUCUCCCCCCAACCCGAGCCGGGAGGUGGCCGGGGACACCAUCGUGUUCCGGGACACGCAGAUCGGCAGCAGCGCCGUGUACCAGUGCAACGCCUCCAACGAGCACGGCUACCUGCUGGCCAACGCCUUCGUCAGCGUGCUGGAUGUUCCCCCCCGGAUCCUGGGGCCCCGGAACCAGCUGAUCAAGGUGAUCCAGAACAACAGGACCCGCCUGGAUUGUCCCUUUUUCGGGUCUCCCAUCCCCACCCUACGCUGGUUUAAGAACGGCCAGGGGAACAUGCUGGACGGAGGCAACUACAAAGCCCACGAGAACGGGAGCUUGGAGAUGUUCAUGGCUCGGAAGGAGGACCAGGGAAUCUACACCUGCGUGGCCACCAACAUCCUGGGGAAAGCUGAGGCCCAGGUCCGCCUGGAGGUCAAAGACCCCACCAGGAUCGUGAGGGGCCCCGAGGACCAGGUGGUCAAGAGGGGCACCAUGCCCCGGCUCCACUGCCGUGUCAAGCAUGACCCCACGCUCCGGCUGAUGGUCACCUGGCUCAAGGACGAUGCCCCUCUGCACCUGGGGAACAGGAUGAAGAAGGAGGAGGAUGGUCUGACGAUCUACGGCGUGACUGAGAAGGACCAGGGCGAUUACACGUGCGUGGCCAGCACGGAGCUGGACAAGGACUUGGCCAAGGCCUAUCUCACCGUGCUGGCCGUCCCCGCUAAUCGGUUGAGAGAUUUACCCAAAGAACGACCUGACCGGCCCCGGGACUUGGAGCUGUCGGAUCUGGCCGAGAGGAGCGUGCGGCUGACGUGGAUCCCUGGCGAUGACAACAACAGCCCCAUCACAGACUACAUUGUCCAGUUUGAGGAGGACCGCUUCCAGCCGGGAGUGUGGCACAACCACUCCAGGUAUCCCGGGAGCGUCAACACGGCCCUGCUGAGCCUGUCCCCGUACGUGAAUUACCAGUUCCGGGUGAUCGCCGUCAACGACGUGGGCAGCAGCGUGCCCAGCCUGCCCUCCGAGCGCUACCAGACCAACGGGGCACGUCCCGAAGUAAAUCCAACGGGAGUUCAAGGGGCUGGGACCCAAAAAAACAACAUGGAGAUAACGUGGACCCCUCUGAAUGCAACUCAGGCUUAUGGGCCCAACCUCAGGUACAUCGUGAGGUGGCGGCGGCGGGACCCCCGCGGGAGCUGGUACAACGAGACCGUGCGGAACGCGCGGCACGUGGUGUGGAACACCCCCAUCUACGUCCCCUACGAGAUCAAGGUGCAGGCCGAGAACGACUUCGGCAGAGCCCCGGAGCCCGACACCUACAUCGGAUAUUCCGGGGAGGAUUAUCCCAAGGCUGCGCCCACGGAUGUCAGGAUCAGAGUCUUAAACAGCACUGCCAUAGCUCUGACCUGGACCCGGGUGCACCUGGACACCAUCCAGGGACAGCUCAAGGAGUACCGAGCCUAUUUCUGGAGAGAGAGCAGCUUGCUGAAGAACCUUUGGGUCUCCAGAAAACGGCAGUUUGUGAGUUUUCCUGGAGACCGCAACCGGGGCACCGUGUCCCGGCUGUUCCCCUACAGCAACUACAAGCUGGAGAUGGUGGUCACCAACGGCCGAGGGGACGGGCCCCGCAGCGAACUGAAGGAAUUCCCCACCCCUGAAGGAGUGCCCAGCUCCCCCAGGUACCUGCGGAUCCGACAGCCCAACCUGGAACUCAUCAACCUGGAGUGGGAUCACCCCGAGCAUCCCAACGGGAUCAUCACAGGAUACACCCUCCGAUACCAGCCCUUUAACGGGACCCGGAAGGGCCAGACGGUGGUGGAGAACCUGUCCCCCAACCAGACGAGGUUCACCCUGCAGAGGUCAGACCCCAUCUCCCGCUAUCGCUUCGUGCUCCGCGCCCGCACCCAGGUGGGAGAGGGAGAGGCCCUGGCGGAGGAGUCGCCGGCGCUGCUGGAUGAAGCCACACCAAGCCCAGAGGCAACUGGGCCACCUCCAACCGCAGUGGAGGAAACCAGUCCUGAAACCAGUCCUGAAACCAGUCCUGAAACCAGUCCUACAAUCAGCCCUACAACCAGCCCUACAACCAGUCCUACAACCAGUCCUACAACCACCCCAACCACCACCGACACCACAACCACCACCACCACCACCACAACCACCGUCAGCACCGCCGCCAGCACCGCCGCCAGCACCAGCGCCGCUGCCGAGAGGGCUCCGGCAGCCACCACCAGGCACGAGUUGGCCGCCAAUGGAUCGUCCAUAUGGGACAUCAGAGCCAUGGCAAACAGUAACUGGGCAAACAUCACCUGGAGCCACAAUUUCUCGGCAGGAACUGACUUUGUGGUUAAGUAUAUCACCAGUAACAAGACAGAGAAAUCAAUCCCCGUUAAGGCUCAGGGCCCGUCCUCGGUGCAGCUGGCGGAUCUGACGCCGGGGAUGAUGUACAAGCUGUGGGUGUUCCCCAUAUGGUCCCACCCCAGCGAGCACUCGUACAUUACCUUUACCACCAGCUCAGCCUACACCAAGAACCAGGUGGACAUCGCCACGCAGGGCUGGUUCAUAGGCCUCAUGUGCGCCAUCGCCCUCCUCGUGCUCAUCCUGCUCAUCGUCUGCUUCAUCAAGAGGAGCCGUGGUGGGAAAUAUCCAGUGCGGGACAACAAGGACGAGCACCUCAACCCCGAGGACAAGAACGUGGAGGACGGAUCCUUCGACUACAGGUCUCUUGAAAGCGAUGAAGACAACAAACCUCUUCCCAACAGCCAGACCUCGCUGGACGGGACGAUAAAGCAGCAGGAGAGCGACGACAGCUUGGUGGACUACGGAGAAGGGGGCGAGGGCCAGUUCAAUGAGGACGGCUCCUUCAUCGGCCAGUACACGGUCAAGAAGGACAAAGAGGAGACCGAGGGCAACGAGAGCUCCGAGGCCACGUCCCCCGUCAAUGCCAUUUAUUCCUUGGCAUAGCAAAAACGCCGGGAAAAACACCCACAGCCCAAGGGGUUCGGAGCGGCCGGGGGUUCCGCC